AUGGCAGAUCUAGAAACUUCUGACCUCUCCAGAGUACUUCCGCUGCUGAACUUGCUUAGUUUGGAACAACUACAAGAGCAAUUGAAGCGUCACCGGGAUGAGUUGUUUCAACAGCAACAAGAUUCGCAUGUUCUAGGUUCAAAACCUGACGAUAGCCUCAACAACAACUACUUGCUUCUGCAUCAAUAUCACGACAGCCAAGUAUAUAUACCAUCGAAUACUUGGAGUUUUACCCAGGGUUUGAUAGUGGGUCAAUUGAGUGUAGUAUUCGUUAUUGUCAUCUUCAUCAAGUUUUUUGUUUUCGCGGAAUCUUCACCAGCGUUGGCCAAAAGUAGUAUAACUAAAGAUGCCUCUGUAGUUAUUGUCAAACGAGACAAGAAGGACCAGAGCUCUUCUGACGAUGCAGAUCCGGAUGAUGACAGUGAAACCACAGCUUCAAACGCAAAAGUUGCUGCCAUUCUCGAAAAGACGUAUUACGAUGUAGAUAACCAUUCUCCUGAAUCGUUGGACUGGUUCAAUGUUCUUGUGGCGCAGACCAUUGCUCAGCUACGGUCUGAGGCCCUUCUUUCAGACAACAUAUAUCAUUCGCUCAACAAUUUCUUAUUGAAGCUGGAACUUCCGGAGUAUUUGGAUAAGAUUAACUUGACCGAAAUCGACAUUGGUGACGAUUUCCCCAUCUUUUCCAACUGUAGAAUAAAACACAGUAAGGAUGGUUCAGGUAGACUAGAAGCCAAAAUAGAUGUGGAUCUUUCCGAUACUUUGACAUUGGGAAUAGAGACGAAGUUGUUGUUGAACCAUCCCAGACCUUUAACAGCUGUCUUGCCCGUUCAGCUUUCAGUGUCUAUGGUACGUUUUUCUGGAUGUUUGACAGUUUCACUUAUCAAUACAGCUGAUCCGGAAUUUGCUGAAUUGAGUGCUCACAAUUCUCCAGAACCUGGCGAACCGAUGAGUAGAUCGCAUUCAGCGGGCUCCCCUGGAGGUGAUUCUAGUCAUGAUGAAGUAAUUUCUACCCCAGAUAGUUCCAGUCAUACAGCACAAAGGAAGCACUCUAAAGAUGAUCCCAAUGAUGGAACUGCAUUGAUGUUCUCAUUUUCACCAGACUAUCGUUUAGAGUUCACGGUUAAGUCACUCAUUGGUGCCCGUGCUAAACUACAAGAUGUUCCUAAAAUUUCGUCACUUAUUGAGAAUAGGCUACGAGCAUGGUUUAUCGAGAGAUGUAUAGAACCACGAUUCCAGGUAGUUCGCUUACCGUCGUUGUGGCCAAGAAGAAAGAAUACGAGGGAACAAGUGACCAAUAAGAACGGUGACAAGGUGGAGGAUGGCUCCAACUGA